UGUUUGAGAUGACACCACCUAUCAGCUCGGUGAUAGCGUCACGGUCAGAGCACGGGUUAGCUGGCCGACCGGAGGUCGAGGGCACGGCAUUCACCGGGCAGAGGUGACACCGAGAGACUUCUCCACCGGGCCAACCGCUAACCCCAACCGGCUGACCGGUCAGACUAAGGUUACCUGAGAUGGAACCAAUUUAAUUCGGCACUGUCAGUGGAGUACAACUAGCCAUCGUCCAUUCAUCACUGAACACCUCAACACUGGGAUGACUAAGCGUGGGAAAAGUUCCAAUAGCAGGCCACGAAAAUCCACCGCUUCGAAACAGCCACAAGAAAGCAUGGCAGCCACAGCUGCUACAGUUGCCGCCAACCUUAUUCCCGCGGUAGUACAGGUAGCAAAAGAUUGGUACGACUCUAAGAAAGAGAAAAAUGAAAAAGAAAAUGAAGCCAAGGAGAAGGAAGAACACGAAAAACGUGAAGAAGAAAUGAAGCAAAAACAGAAGCAACAUGAGGAGGAGGAGAUGAAACAAACACUAGAAAGAGAGAGAAAGGCACGAGAAGACUCUGAGAGGAAAUUUCAACAAAUGCAAGAGAUGGUCAUGAGAAUGGCGUCAGCUAACCAAGAAGCACAUGCAAAAUCCCAAGAGACGAUGCGUAGGAUGCAAGAAGAACUUGAAAGGGAACGUCGGGCUCACAGAGAAGAGACCCAAAAGAAUCAGUUAAAAAUGCAGGAGCAAGUAAAUGAACACACUAAGGGAAAAAUGGCAGGGGCAGCCGCAGAGGGUGCAACGAGGGCGGGCGGUGCGAUUCACACAGGAGCGGUCAGCAGUCAGACGGGGGCGGCCAGCAGUCAGAGGGGGGCGGCCAGCAGUCAGACGGGGGCGGUCAGCAGUCAGACAGGGGCGGUCGGCAGUCAGACAGGGGCGGCCAGCAGUCAGACAGGAGCGGUCAGCAGUCAGACGGGGGCGGUAAGCAGCCAGACAGAGGCGGCCAGUAGUCAGACAGCGGCGGUCAGCGGUCAGACAGGGCCGGUCACCAGUCAGACAGCGGCGGUCAGAAGUCACACAGGGUCGGUCAGCGGUCAGACAGCGGCGGUCAGCAGUCAGACAGCGGCGGUCAGCGGCCAGACAGGGCCGGUCAGCGGUCAGACAGGGGCGGCCAGCAGUCAGACAGGGGCGGUCGGCAGUCAGAUGGGAGCGGUCGGCAGUCAGACGGGAGCGGCCAGCAGUCAGACAGGGGCGGUCGGCAGUCAGACAGGGUCGGCCAGCAGUCAGAUGGGAGCGGUCGGCAGUCAGACGGGAGCGGCCAGAAGUCAGACAGGGGCGGUCGGCAGUCAGACAGGGUCGGCCAGCAGUCAGAUGGGAGCGGUCGGCAGUCAGACGGGAGCGGCCAGCAGUCAGACAGGGGCGGUCGGCAGUCAGACAGGGUCGGCCAGCAGUCAGAUGGGAGCGGUCGGCAGUCAGACGGGAGCGGCCAGAAGUCAGAUGGGAGCGGUCGGCAGUCAGACGGGGGCGGCCAGCAGUCAGACAGGGGCGGUCGGCAGUCAGACAGGGUCGGCCAGCAGUCACACAGCGGCUGUCAGCGGCCAGACAGCGGCGGUCAGCGGUCAGACAGGGUCGGCCAGCGGGGGUCAGAUCGCACCCUCCACCGGAGCAGCGCGGACCGCUGGAGAGCGGGCGGCGGCUCGUGAGCCGGCCCCUGCGGAGUCCGUUCGGCAGGCCGCCGCCCCCCUGCCGGCGCUCUGUCAACAGUACUGGACCAGAAACGGCUGCAAGAAGGAGGCGUGCGGCCAGGUGCACCUCUGCAAACUGUUCCUGGCCGGAAUCUGCAAAUUUGGACACAGAUGCCGCAACGAGCACACGCUCAAGUCCGAACAUAACAAGGCUGCGUGCAUUGAAGAGACAUCCCGGAACGAUGCGCAGCUUAUAGCGGAGCUGCGACGCCGUUUUGCCGAGGAGGGCUGCGCCAACCAGAAGUUCUAUCACUCCCAUAUCGAGAUAUGUCGCAAUCAGGCCGAAUCCUGUCGAAUGAACAGCUGCAUCCGUGUCCAUAUCUGCCGAGACUAUGUCACAGGAACCUGCUCACAUCCAGAGAGCUGCCGAUUCAGCCACGUGCUGCGGUCUCCACACAACAACAACGUUCUGGGGCUCUACAAGGCAGUGGACAUGAGCGACCGAGCCCUCCUGAACCUGCUGUAUGCCAGGGUCACCCAAGGGGGCGCCAAGAGCUCCAAGAAAGGAGGACCUGCCGCAAAGAAAGUCGGACCUGCCACAAAGAAGGAUGGAUAAUAAUAUCAAUAUGUCAAAAAAGGCGCCUUCGCAGCCGAACGAUGAAUCCUCCGCUUUAAAAAGUGGAGUAUUCACGGAAAGCGAUCAUCCUGUCAUCGAUAUGGCGUCUCGUACUCGUAAGCAUCAAUUCGAAUUUCGAAGUCCAGCCCCAAAUGAUCCGUAUCAGUCGAAGGGCCUCCGAUCCGGCCACCAGAUUGUCUGCCCUGUCAUUUCAACCGCUGGGAAACAGGAUCCGUCGUUAGUAUUGACCUUUGACCUGUAGGUGUACAGUGACUGGAGCAUGUGAGUCGUGAGGUCAGCCCCGAGACCCGAGCAAUCGCCGAAACUGACAGAGAUAAGCUGAUCGAUAGUGUUGGAUGUAGCUGGGUUUAGAGCAGACUUAUGUUUUCGAGAGACGAGCUAUUACAAUGCAUUAAAUAUCUAUGCCGUAUGUACUCAUCUGUGGUGCUUUUACUGUGCAUGAUAACCGUAUCAAGUGUCGCGUGUAAGUAUGGAGUUAAAUAAAGCCAAUAAAUGAAUC